GGGCCGCCUAUAAAUGCUGGGCACACACGGCGCCAUCACAUUCCUCUGUGUGGCUCUGUGACUUGGGGUGCGGGAAUAUAGGAAGAUGGCGGACCAGAUGUCCCAGCUGGAGUGCAGCAUCGAGACUAUCAUCAACAUCUUCCACCAGUACUCUGUGCGGCUGGGGCACCCGGACACGCUCAACCAGAAGGAACUGAAACAGCUCGUCAAAAAGGAGCUGCCCAACUUCCUCAAGAAGCAGAAGAAGAAUGACAAUGCCAUAAACAAGAUCUUGGAGGACCUGGACACAAACGGAGACAAGCAGCUGAACUUCGAGGAGUUCUCCAUCUUAGUGGGCAAGCUGACAAUGGCCUCCCAUGAGGAGAUGCACAAGAAUGCCCCUGAAGGAGAAGGCCACAGCCACGGGCCAGGCUUUGGGCAGGGUGACCAGGGCCACUGCCAUAGCCACAGUGGCCAUGGCCAUGGCCACAGCCACUAGCCAGGAGGCCAGGACACCCUGCCCCUGCCCAACGAGGGCCCCAGAGAGGCCCCACUGCCUUAGCUGGAGGGGCUGGGAAAUGGGGAGCAAAAUAAAGUCUUCCUCCAAGC